AUGGCAGCGCACUCCGACUCCGCCAUGGAAGACCACCUCUCCAAUGAAGAGCCAGAACAACCACAGCGUCGCCGACGCCCACCACUAUCGUGCACAACAUGCCGACGCCGAAAACUAAAAUGCGAUCGCUCCUUGCCCUGCGGGCAAUGCGUGCGCUCAAAAACCACAGAUGAAUGUGUGUUCACCGGCGCACAGCCGGAAACUAAUCGCCAGAUGUCGCCGCCGCUUUCGCGACCAAGACCAAGCGCAGCAAGUGAGCGAAAAAGCGGCAUGUUUGUCUUCGACUCCAAGAUGGGGCCAAAUUCCUCGCGGGUCUCGAAGCGUCGGUCGGAUGAAUUGACCGAGAUGAGACAGAGGCUGAAGGCGCUGGAGAGUUUGCUUAAGACAAAUGUCCAGACUCCGGAUACGUCAGUUGGCGAUGUUUAUUCGGAAGUCGACUCAGCCAGUACCUCGGAGAAUGUGGGGGUGGACGAUCGGGUGCGGUUUUUACCAGACUCGAGUUUUCGUGGCAAGAAGGCGAAGACGAGGUACUUUGGUCGCAGUCACUAUACAACGACUGUUUCAUUUUUCCAGGAUGUUGGGGCAUUUAUGCGCCGUGGUCAGCAUCGCGGGGGAAAAGACAGGGAGUAUUGCGACAUGAAACGGUUCAAGACCGAGCUCUGGUCGCGCGAAACGCAGGAUCAUCAACGCGAGUUUCGAGAGCAGGCCUUCAAGCUCAAUGAGAUGGUUCCACCGCGAGCGGUGGUAGAUCACUUACUUCGAUUGUAUUUGGAUACUUUUGAGACGACAUAUCGUGUUCUGCAUACCCCGACCUUCUUGAAACAGUAUUCCGACUACUGGGCCAAUCCUCAAUCACCGGACAUGGGGUUUGUCGCCCAGCUACUGGCGGUCAUGGCCGCUGGUAGUUGUUUCUACGUCCCACCUCCGGGCCGAGACGAAUGUGAUAUUUUCCAGAAGCCCGCCAUUCGUUGGAUCAUGGCGGUCCAGUCAUACAUCUCCUGCACGUUCGUCAGCCCGGAUAUCGACUUUUGCAUGCUCCAAACCCAAUGUCUUCUGCUAGUGGCCCGUCUCGGAAUCGCCAGCGAUGGCGAUGUAGCAUGGGCAUCAGCCGGGUCCCUCAUACGAUCAGCAAUGACAAUGGGUCUGCACCGAGAUCCAACCCGGUUCCCGAAAUCCCGUCCAUUCCACUACGAAACCCGACGCAGGCUAUGGGCAACGAUUGUUGAAUUGGAUCUCAAGAUCUCUCUCGAUCGCGGCGUUCCACCAUCGAUUGAUCUGGAUGAAUGUGAUUGCGACCCGCCAUCAAAUUGGGAUGACUCCGAGCUAAUCCCUGACAUGGAGCACAAUCCAGCACCCCUCAGCACGGCAUUUUAUACCCAGAACUUCUACCAGACAUUGCUCACCAAGACACUUUCGCUUCGCUACCAAAUCGCCAAGAAAAUCAACAGUCUCAAGUUCAGCCUCUCCUACGAUGAUGCACUGAGAAUGGGCGAAGACCUGUCUCGUGCGAUGAAAAGCGCUUCUGCCAUAUUCGAAGAUGAUACCUCAAUGAUUCUCUCUGAGACCGUCCAACGCCAUCGCUUCGCCCAGUCUCUUCACCUUUUCAUCAUGCGCAAAUUCCUCCUGGCCCUCCAUCGGCCCUUCUCAUUGAGUGUGGUCAGAUUACCGAAAUGCUCUUACUCCCGCAAGAUCUGUCUUGAGGAAUCACUCGGAAUUCUCUCUCAAAUGGAAUUGCCCCUCUCCCCAGACAACAUCCAAUACCCGCACAUCACGCAGUUAGGUAGCGGAAUGUUCCGCGACGAGACUUUCCAUGCUGCAGUGACAGUGUGUGUGGAACUAUCGUUACAAGCACAGGAACAAAAGUCUUCGACUUCCGGCAUGGAUGGUGUGAACUCAAGUGUCCUCCUAAGCAUGAUCCAAUCACAACAAGUUGUGAUGAUGCAAGCUGUUGAGCGCACGACCGAUAAUUUUGGCCGAAGAAUUGCCUCGGGUGGAAAGGGCAGCAAACCCUUCUUCUUCCUGAAUAUCAUUUUGGCUUCGGUAAAAUCGCGCGUCAAGGGUGAAGAUCCAAUGUGCAAUGUCGACGCUGCAUCCAAACGAGCAGUCCGGAUCUGCAGAGACAUCCUCGAUGGCACCUCGUACCAGGAUGCCAAACUUGCUAUUGAUAAUAGACCGGUGCAGACACCACUACCUUCUGAAUUUACGCCCACUUCUACCACCCUCAGUGAUCUCGAUCCUGCUGCUUUGAUUUCAACAGAUUUCAAUGAUUUCGCAGUAAGUCUCUUUGCCGCUCAAUCAGCGUAUCCUGUUGACCUAUGGCAGCCGAUGGAUAUCGGUGGAUGGUUCGAUGGAUUGGAUUACACCGGGUCUGAUCUGUGGGAUCCAGAACUGUUUGGAAAUCUCCCAACCUUCUCAUGA